GGGCAACGCAGUGAAAGGAACGUGCAUCAUCUGGGGCAAAUAAUAAUUUCUGUCGAACCAAACGGGCGUAUUUGUUAUUUAGCAAGCUAGUAAAGGUUAUAAAAUAGCUAGCAAGCCGUAACAUACACUCCUCUGUAGUAGCCUGGACAAGAGUUGCACAAAUGACAGAGCUACGGCACCGCGGAACGACGGAAAACGACCUACAACAUCAACAAUCCGAAGACAAGGGAUCUGAGAGUGAGGGGAAAGCAGAGAAGGAUGGGGCGUCUGACAGUGAGAGCAAGCCUGAUACAGGACCCCCGGGGGUGCCUGUCCCUGCUGAUGACACCCCCGAGGUCCUCAACAAAGCCCUGUCUGGACUGUCCUCACGAUGGAAGAACUGGUGGGUGCGAGGGAUCCUGACUCUGGCCAUGAUCUCCUUCUUCUUCUUCAUCAUCUACCUGGGCCCCAUGGUGCUCAUGCUGAUUGUGCUGUGUGUGCAGAUCAAAUGCUUCCAAGAAAUCAUCCACAUCGGUUACAGUGUGUACCACUCCUACCACCUGCCCUGGUUCAGAACGUUGAGCUGGUACUUCCUACUGUGUGUGAACUAUUUCUUCUACGGAGAGACGGUGACGGACUACUUCUCUAAUCUGGUGCAGAGGGAGGAGCCGUUGCGCAUCCUCAGCAAAUACCACCGCCUCAUCUCCUUUGCCAUGUACCUCACUGGUUUCUGCAUGUUUGUGCUGAGCCUGGUGAAGAAACACUAUCGCCUGCAGUUCUACAUGUUUGGCUGGACUCACGUAACUCUGCUGAUCGUUGUGACCCAGUCCCACCUCAUCAUCCACAACCUGUUUGAGGGAAUGAUCUGGUUCAUCGUGCCCAUCUCCUGUGUGAUCUGCAAUGACAUCAUGGCCUACAUGUUUGGCUUCUUCUUUGGACGUACUCCACUCAUUAAGCUGUCUCCUAAGAAAACCUGGGAGGGCUUCAUUGGUGGAUUCUUUUCGACUGUUGUGUUUGGGAUCCUGUUGUCCUAUGUGAUGGCGGGCUACAGCUUCUUUGUGUGUCCCGUGGAGUUUAACAGCGACCGUAACAGUUUUGAGGUGGACUGUGAACCCUCUGACCUGUUCCAGCUGCAGGACUAUGCCCUGCCUGCCGCCCUCGAGUCGCUCACUGGAUGGCCCACACUGCGCCUCUACCCAUUCCAGAUUCACAGCAUCUCCCUGUCUGCCUUUGCCUCCCUCAUGGGACCUUUCGGAGGCUUCUUUGCCAGCGGCUUUAAGAGGGCCUUCAAGAUCAAGGACUUUGCCAACACAAUUCCCGGUCACGGUGGCAUCAUGGACCGCUUCGACUGCCAGUACCUCAUGGCUACGUUCGUCAACGUCUACAUCGCCAGCUUCAUCAGGGGCCCUAACCCUGCCAAGGUGGUCCAGCAACUCCUAGCCCUGCGCCUGGACCAGCAGCUCCACAUCUUCAACUCCCUUAAGACCCACCUGACAGAGAGGGGUCUGCUGGAGGAAGCCUAGGACCCCCACGGUCAGGCCCAGGGCCGGGGUCACCCUAUUGGGGCCGGGAGGGCAGCCCCCUGGCCCCAGAAAGCCCUGGAGGUGUGGGAGAAGUAGUGUGGCGCUUGUGUGAGAAAAUAACUCCAGCCUUUGGGUCAUUCCAUUUUGUGUGUGUGUGUGUGACAGAGAAUGUGUACAUUAUGACAGUGUCCUAAACUGUUUUCCUUCAGUGUUUCAGGUUGUCUGAGUUACUGUACCUGUUUAUUUAGUCAUGUCAGCCAUAUUAUCUACAACAGUCAUGCCACUUUGUGUACCACAAUGAGGUCAGAUGUACAUUUCCACAUGUAUGCAGGAUAUUCUAUACCUUUAGUGUGUGUGGUGUGUGUGAAUAUUUCAUGAUACAUAUAUGUUUUAAUGCACUGCUCAACAUACUCACACUGUAUUGUCCUCACCCUGUCACCCUGCCUGUUUUAUUCACUUCAUUCAUUGUAAUAAUUGUUUGUAUUUAUAAUAUUGGUGGUUAAGUUUUUACAUUGGUAUCUUCCAUUAAAUCUGUGUUUUGUCUGUG